CUCUCCUAGCUUGACCUGUUUGUGGUGAUCAGAAACCGCUGUUACUGCGAUUAAUAACACAACACAGCAUCACUACCUAAAGGUGCACAAGUGUGAACCCUGUCUGAAUGACGUGACCUGAAUAAGAGCUUUUUAUUUUCCUGAGGAAAAGUGAGUUUGUCCUGAUCUGAUCUGAUCUGAUCUGGUCUGGUCUGAUCUGAGGAGGGGAGGCGACCCGAAUGCUAGGCAAGUUUCUACUCGGGAGAUUUUAUCCACAAGAAAAGCAACAAAAAAAAAAAAAAGAUUUCCGGGUCGAAACAAAGAUUUCCGAAAAGUAAUUUAGGAUUAUCCCCUGAUUGGUUGGAGCUUCAGCUUCAAACAGGACAUAUGUGUAAUGGCUGAGAGAGCGUGAGUGCAGCAGGUGUGUGUGUGUGUGAGAGUGUGUGUCUGUGUUGAGUAGAAUGUUGCCGGGUGUGGGUGUGUUUGGAACAGGGCAGACUGUACGCUCCCUGGUGCCCUUACUGCAGGCGGAAGGAUUUCCUGUUCAGGCCGUCUGGGGCCGGACACAGGAGGAAGCGGAACGUCUGGCAAAUGAGCUCAACAUCCCAUUCUCUACCAGCCAAUCAGACGACGUCCUGCUGCGGCAGGAAGUCCACCUCGUGUGCAUUCUGACGCCACCGCCACACACACGCCAGAUCGCAGUGAAGGCAUUGGGGAUUGGAAAGAAUGUGAUCAGCGAGCAGGCUGCUACUCUAACGGAUGCCUGCUUGAUGGUGACGGCGGCGCAGUAUUACCCGCAGCUCAUGAGCAUCAUGAACAAUGCUCUGCGCUUUCUGCCUGCCUUCGUCCUGAUGAAGCGGCUGCUUGCGGAGGGGUACUGCGGGUCGCUGCAGGUGUGUGAAGCACGUGUGUACGGCGGCUCGUUGCUGAGCCAGUCGUAUGGCUGGGCGUGGGAGGAGCUGAUGGGCGGCGGUGGCCUGCACACAGUAGGUUCCUGCAUCAUCGACCUCCUGAACUACCUGACUGGGAAGCGGGCCGAACGUGUUCACGGCAUGCUUAGGACCUUCGUGCGGCACGGCGCCACGGGCAGCGGCAUUCGCUCCGUCACCGCUGACGACUAUGCAUGUUUUCAGCUACUCAUAACAGGGGGCGUGGUCUGCAACGUGACGUUGAACUUUAACCUUCCGGGCGCUGAUCUUCACGAGGUCAUGCUGGUGGGAUCGUCUGGGAGACUGGUGGCCAGGAGCACCGAGCUGUAUGGCCAACGAAACAGCAUGGAGGGGGAGGAGCUUCUUUUAUGUGACAACAGCUCAGGGGCAGGGCCUUCGGUCACAGGACUGAAAGCGAUGGUGAAUCAGCUGCGUCUGUCCUUCCAGGCGCAGGAGGACCGGCGGUCCUGGGUGCGACAACCCAUCGCCAUGGCGUCCACGUUUGAGGACGGGCUGUACGUUCAGACGGUGGUGGACGCCAUCAAACGGUCAAACCGCACUGGAGAGUGGGAGAACGUGGACGUCAGAACUGAGGAUGUAGAUCCCAAUCAGAACCACAGAACCGCUCUGAACUGAAGCGACAACUGAAUGACGAACGGCUAACAAACUACACUGCUGUAGACAUCCGGUGUUUGUUGACUCUGCUAACAUGGCAGUCUGUUUUAGGCUAAACACUGCAUUCCGAGGCAUAAAGUGCUUUCCACACAACAGACAACAGACGCUUGACCUUCAAGUUAAUUUGAGUUUAAGCCGGAGAGCAAAAACCGAUAGACACGAUGUGUUUCUCAGAUCGUAAUCAUAUCACUAUUUAGGUCGUAUGACAGCUUACUGAGAUUUCUCUCACCAUCUCCUGUAGAAAUGAGAGUGGGAUUUAUAAACGUCAACAUUACACUUUUUACAAUGUCACCCUGUAUGAUCAGUUACUUCACAUGUGAUUUACACAAAAUACAGAUUUUCUGUCUAUUACCUGCAUACAAAACAAACAGUAUUCACCACCUUACCCACAAUGCAGUGCUCCUGCUGUAAACACACUACACGUCUUCACUCCAGGAACAUUCCUGUCUUUAUCAUACACUACGAUCCACAUACACAAACACACACACACACAUCUCAAUACUGCUUCUGACUUUGUGUUUACAUUUGUGAUGAAUACUGACUGCGAUUAGAUUAUAGUGCAGUGAAAAUUUCACACCAUAACACUCAUAACCCUGUAUCAUAACUUAUAUAGUUAUUAUCUCUCUUACAAAUCUGGAAUUUGAGAAAUGUGCUCUAUAAGUUAAAGUAAUCAUUAUUAUUGGGUUGGUACAUAUAACAUAUAUGAAAUCAGUUCAAAUUAAAGCCAAGUGUUGGAGGGAAGUUUAAACCUUUCAAACAGGAAGUGAAGAUUUCAUUCUGUUGUCUUUUGUGUGAGAAGCUCUCAAAGCUGAUUAUCUUUUAGAGUGAAACCAUUUCUAUACCAACUGAAGAAACACUGGAGUUAUAUCACUGGAAUCGCUCUGUGUGUGUGUGUGUGUGUUUCACCUUUACUCUCCGCCAUAAGCUACACAACUAGGUUUUCAGCUGUGAAUAUUUUUAUUUGUUGUAUUUUAUUUAAACAUUUUAAGCUGUGUAGUUCUGCAGGAUUUAUCCAGGAUGUUUAUUGAACUAAGUAGCAGCAUUGAUGCUGUCUGUAUGGCUCAGAAGAGGAACGUUGGAGUUGAGAUC